AUGGCCUCGGCCCUGAGCCCACCCCGGGUCCCUAAGCCCAAGAAUGCCCUGCCCUCACACUACCAUGAGAGCUUUCUGGAGAAGAAGGGACCCCAUGACAGGGAUUACAAGAAGUUCUGGGCUGGCCUCCAGGGCCUCACUAUCUAUUUCUACAAUAGCAAUCGGGACUACCAGCAUGUGGAGAAGCUAGACCUUGGAGCAUUUGUGAAACUCACAGAUGAAGCUCCCCGAGGGAUUUCCCAUGACCCUGGUACACAUUUCAACCUGGUCGUCCGGAACCAGGAGAUCAAAUUCAAGGUAGAAAGCCUGGAGUCUCGGGAGAUGUGGAAAGGCUUCAUCCUGACAGUGGUGGAGCUCCGUGUCCCGUCCAACUUGACCCUGCUGCCUGGACACCUGUACAUGAUGGCCGAGGCCCUGGCCAAAGAGGAGGCGCGUCGCGCGCUCGAGAUGCCCUCGUGCUUCAUGAAGGUGAGCCGGCUAGAGGCGCAGCUGCUCCUGGAGCGCUACCCCGAAUGCGGGAACUUGCUGCUGCGACCCAGCGGGGACUGCACGGACGGAGCGUCUGUCACGACGCGUCAGACGCUCAACGGGGUACCCGUGGUCCGGCACUACAAGGUGAAGCGCGAGGGCCCGAAGUACGUGAUCGACGUGGAGGAGCCGGUCUCCUGCGACUCACUCCAGGCAGUGGUCAACUAUUUCGUGUUGCAAACCAAGAAGGUGCUGGUGCCUUUCCUACUGGACGAGGACUACGAGAAGGUCCUAGGCUAUGUGCAGGCGGAUAAAGAGAACGGCGAGAGUGUGUGGGUGGCGCCCUCGGUACCCGCGGUCCACUGCCCAGGUCCUGCAUGCCCUGCUGGUGGCCCCAAGCAGCUACCUCCUGUGACCAGCAUGCCUGUGCCCAGCCAGCACAAGCUGCCCCCGCUGCUGAACCCGGAUGAGAACUAUGUGAUCCCCAUUGAAGAUGCCCCAGCUACCGAAUACGAGAACGGGGAUGUGCUUUCCCCUGGUUGGCCAGGGGUCCUGAAGCCCAACAAAUGUCACCCAGCCCCGAAGGGUCAUGCAAAGCUUCCAAAGCCACCCACUCCACCUAAGCCAGAGCCCAAAUGCCUUCCCAGCAGCCUGGCCAGGAAGCUGGCCAUCAGUUCAGCACAGGCUGUCUUCCCCACAACAGGGUUGGCCAAUGUGACGGCAGAGCUGGAAGAGAAACUGCAGAGGCGGCGGGCACUGGAGCACUCAGCUGGGCACGAUGGGGAUUAACGGGCCAGUCUCGGAGCUUGGCACAUCAGUCAGACGGAUCCCUCCUCCCAGAAUUAAAGUUCAAGUGACCCCAA